UGUUAGCUUCCGCUGGAGGUGUAGCGGCUAUUUGAUGGAGGAACGCGUGGAGGUGGGCUGUAAUCUUCACCCGUGGGCAGUGAAGUGCUUGUCUGUGACGCGUGGAGCUCCCGACGGGAUACAUCCGGUCACCGGCGCUCUGGUCAGUCCGUCAGAGCUAACGGGAGCUAGCAGGAGAAGCUAAAAACACUACCCGAACCUGCGCGCACCUUCAUGCUGGCGGACUAAAGCGUCGGUAAAUAAACUGUGCCAUGUCUGCCUGGACAUGCAGGGGAGGAUGAUGGUGAGGAGGAGGAGGGUGGUGCAGAUGGUGCCCUGACCUCCGUCCGUCUGUAUGGAGGAUGUAGUCGUGCACUAUCAGCCUGGAUCAGCUGUUGGGCUCAGCUCGCUAUUGGAGACCACGCAGAAGCUCCUGGAGCCGUUCCCCUGCCGCACUCCUCCCGUCUUCACCCCCUGGUUCCCCACAGCUUCCGGAGACUGCCCGCUGCCCCUCAGACCCGUGAAACGAGCGCCUGUCAUCACCUGUUUGGCCGAUUCAUCAGCAGCAGAGGGGAGACCCCAUGAUGGUGUCUCAGACCCCCCCAGCCCCCUGCUUCCUGUGUCUCCUCACAGCCGACACGAGAAGGAGAAGUACAAAGAUGGAGCCACUGGUUCGCCGGUCAGACGGAGCAGCUGGAGCGUCAUCACUCAGAGGGGUGUCCUGGAGCCGAGCUCGCAGUCGCUGUCCAAACAGUUUCAUCACACUGUCUCCAUCCAUGGCCUCCACCUCCGCCAGAGGGCCAAGUGGGUGAUCCGUGAGCUGAACUGUGGCACGGCGGGAAACAUUGAGGAGGUCUGGCGGACUCUGAGCCGCUCUGUCCGGAGCUCCCGGCUGCCCACGUGCAACGCCAACAUCCAGCGGGAGCGGGCCGAGAUCUGGGUGUUCUGCGACGUGCUGCACUCGGAGCAGGUGGGGCGCUUCCUGAAGGAUGAGCUGAAGCUGUCGGGGCGGAUCAGCCUGACGGUGCAUCGGCUGGGAAACAUCUUCAGCAUGUAGAGCGCCCCCUGCAGCACCACAGAGGACUUGCUCAGGUUUUUACAGACUCGUAGCUUAGAUGGAGACUGUGAUGAAGACUGUGGCCUCAAAAAGGCGGCAGCAGCACAUUCAGGGUGUUUACAUGCACAGCGUGUCCUGGCUUUUUGUCACUGUCACGCUCUGUCCACCUUACUUCUCAGCUGCUGAGCCUGAAGGUAUGUUUUCAGAGGAGGAAGAAGUACCUGGUCUGGGGUCAGUACUGCUGAAAUACUGAAGGGAAAGGAUCAAUGCUCAUUAGCUUAAAUUCAGAGAGGACAACCACUUCAAACAUCAGCCUCAAGAAGGCAGCAGCAGCAUGCGUGUGAGUCAGCGGUCUGUAAGAUCUGCUGUGACAGAUCCCACCUGUCUAAUGAUAAUUCAGCAGACUGAUACUAAUAAAAUGAAUUGUUUUAAGAUAGUAAACAAGCAAACCUGCUUAAUCAGACAUAGCAGUGCUUUUAACAUCUUUAAACAGAUAUCAGCUGAUAAGGGAGAGAUACAUGUCACAGGAAGCUUUCAGGUUUAUUUUAAGUUUUUAAGGAUGCAGAGAUAAACCAGUUGAUACUUAUCAGGUGUGUCACAGCAAGUUGCGGCUGGCUGAUUAUCAGGAGUUGUGAGAUGGAGAGCUGGAAGAUAUUACUCAGAGUUUAAUCAGGCAGGCUGACCGUCAGACAGGAAGAAGGUCUCAGAGCUGAUCUUCAGUUUCCAGUUUGGAGAAACAGAAAAAGCAGCAGGGAAGCAAAUUUCAUCCCGCUGAGAAAACUGAGUCAUUCAGCUUUUUGUUCAAAUCCACCAGACUCCAUUCACAAAAACAGAGAUUUUACUUCACAGACCACAGGAGCUCAAAUCAGACUGUUGACUGAGGUCAUUCUCAGGGGUAGGCACUGGGUCUCUGUAAUGUUUCCUGGUGUGAUGAUGUGUGAAAUUUAGUGAUGAAUAACCAAAGCAACUGAAAAAGCAAAUCCACUCAUUAAACCCAGUAUACACUGACAAGCAUGAUCUUUAUGAAACAAUGAAUUGUGAUCAGAGAGCAGGCCACAUGAGUACCCUUUACUUUAACCCCCGGCUGCUCUGUGUUCAAACAUGGUGUAAGAAGUAUAUUUAAGCUAAAAGCUCUUUUUCCUCUGAUUAAAAAGCGCCAAGUGCAGAACUCCAUUUAUAUUUUAUAAAUUCUAUUGAAAUAUUCAUGAACUGAGGGGGGGUGAACCUCCAGUCGUAUUUGUCAUUUUGUGUCUAUGUUGUGUGUUUAUAAAGUGUGUUUUAUACUCAUAUUUGU